CUCAAGCCAAAUGACAGCAAGCACAUGGAACACAAACACUCACAUGUGACCUCACACACUUCGGCUCGCUCUAGAGAAUCUUGAACAUUGUUUCUCUGUCAGCUGUUAACUGGCCCAGAUUGUUUGAUUUUGGCAUGAUUCACGUCUGCGCACAAGAAGGGACCUGACCCAACAGUCCUGGGCACUCAAUAUCAGUGACAGGCACUCUAUGUAAACAAUCCAUGGCAUGAAAGGUGACCUGAAUGUCUAAAAUGAGUGGAUGCUAAAAAGAGAUGCUGUAUGGACAUUGACAUUGUAGUUUGAACUGCAUGUUGAAGGCAGAUUGUUGUUCUGUGAAGCCAUGGGAAUGUCAGAUGAUGCUGUGAUUGGUAGGGGCCUGAACAGCCCUGACCCACUGGUGCGUGAGGCCUAUAUGUUGGCCUAUGACUAUAUCAACUAUGUGACGGCCAAACCAGGCGUCCCAUUAGGUCCAGCACCAACCCAUGUGACAGCUGCCCUGCGCCACUCGGGAGAUGAGUUGCUUGUUCGCUUCCCCAUCUUCUUUCGGCGCUGGCCACGGGUUUUCCAGGACGUGACAGAACAAACGGCCUGCCCAACUCUUGUUUCCAUCCUGGAUGAGCACUUUGCCCCUAACCGGCAUAGAGACCUUGCAUGGAGUGCUGUGCUGUCCGUGUUCGUUGUAGCUGGCCAACUGGCUCUGCACUGUCAGGACAGGGGCAUGACAACUGUCCUGCCACAGAUUCAGGAGUGCGUGGGCAGCUACGUAGAGAGGGUCAUCUGCCCGGAGAUUAGGGAUAAAGGAGGAUGGUCUGGUUUCAUCAGUCGUUUUGGACAGAAGCAGAGCCUUGAAGACCAGGUGAUGAUGGUGUGCUGCUGGUCGCUACUCUUGCUGUGUGUUGGGAUCCUAACCUACUUUGUAUGGACAAGAAGGAAAACUUAGACCACAGCGCCAUCUGCUGGGAAUAUGUGCCAAGCUAUGGUGUGUAAUCAUAAAUGCAACCACAUCACAAACAAUGCAGAGAGAAUGGAAGAUUCCACUGUGAGAAGCACACUUUUCCUUCGGUCGGGGCCAGACUGCAAAUCAUGUGAAGAAUACCAAACACCAGUCAGAAAGUGACCUGCACACUUUGCACAGACAUUGAAAAAAAAAUGUAUAAGCACUGGUGUACAUGGCAUAAUUGAAAUAUGACUCUAUAUACACCUUUUAUGAUAUCAAUA